AUGGCGCUACUUCACGGGACUCGGUCUGGGAACCCUUGGGCAAUAGAGCUAUCUGGAUUUGGUGAGAAGAAGAAGAAAGAAUUAGAAGGGAAAAAAGAGAUCCUAAUGUGGUAUACAACAUCCGGUCAAAUGAUCAAGAGGGUAUCCUUUGUCAAUACGAAAUCUGAAGCGAGUUUUGGAUCUCUUUGUGAGACUAAUAGUUGUUUUAGCAG